CGUGGGACAAAGAAAAGCCCCCUUUCUGAGAUGGAAGAAGGACAAAGCGGAGGACCAGCAGAGCCGGAUUCAUUACCUGAAGGAGCCAUGGCUGGGGAAGACAUUUUUGAACCGGUUGUGCGGCCUAAGCAGACCACAGUUGGUGCUGUGAGUAAAGAACAUUCUGAAUCUGACAUCUUUGAUGAAAUAAGAGAAUUUAUGCGACGUUCUAAACGAACAGAAGCAAUACUGUUUGAUCAGAUUAAACAGUUGCGCAGUAACAUGCCAAAACUGCGAAGUGAUGUUUAUGCUGAACAUGAGCUGUCUAUCGAGACUGGCAUUUCUACAGAAGCAGCUUUCCCAAAGCGAGAGACUAGGACACUGUCUCAGCUGUCUGCAACAGAGGAAGUCCAAGGAGCCUCUGAUUACCAAGCUGAACCUCAUUCUCCAUCUCAGCCCCAGCGGCAUAUAGCACAAGGAGCUCCAGCACAAAGAGUGGAACCAACCCGUGGAGGUGAUCCGAGAAUACCUGACUUUAAUGAGGGUGAGGAUCCUGAAAGUUUUUUCAUACGUUUUGAACGCAUUGCUAAAACAUGGGGAUGGCAACCAGCUGAAUGGGCUGCUAGAGUGGUCACAUUAUUGACUGGAAAAGCCCUUGAGGCAUAUGCUGGAAUGGAUGAGGACCAAUCUGACUCUUAUGACGCUAUUAAAGCUGCUGUGUUGUCUAAGUUUAAUGUAACAGAAGAGACCUACAGAUUCCGGUUUCGAAGCAUCAGUGUUCCAGUGGGGGAGAGUGUACGUGAAACCUACGGUCGGAUAAAGGGACUCUACAAGCGAUGGAUGCGGCCUGACAGUCGGAGUAAAGAAGAGAUUGGGGAAACAAUCAUUUUGGAGCAGUAUCUUCGUGUGCUUCAACCAGACGUCCGCACAUGGGUGAAGGAGAACAAUCCAAAGACUGGAGAAGAAGCGGCAGACCUGGCUGAACGUUACCUGGCUGCUCACAGAGAACCUUUUAAGUCAAGAGAGACUGAGAGACCAAGGUCUAUGGAGGUAAAACCUCCAGGUGCAACUAAGGCUGACAACUUGGACAAGAGGGGUGGUAAGAAGUAUACACAGUCUGGACUAAAGUAUGGUCUCAUUUGUUACUAUUGUCAGCAGCCUGGUCACAAAGCUUCUUUAUGUCCAUUAAGAAAAAGUAAGUCAGUAGAGUUAUGUGUGGUACCUUCCAAAGAACAUAAUUAUGAACUUUCUGAUGACAUGAUUCCACAUAAAUAUGUAGUUGAUGUGGUGAUAAAUGGCAAAGCUGUAAAAGCUCUUGCAGACACAGGUAGCUCACAAACUCUGGUGAAAUCAUCCUUGUUGAGUAAUGUACUGCCUAACUUUAACAAACCGGUAAACAUUACUUGUGUUCAUGGAUGUCAGAAAGAGUAUCCAACUGCUGAUGUCACUAUUAAUGUUGAAGGACAAGCUUUUAUGUUGACUGUUGGAGUUUUGAAUCAGUUAGCAUAUGAUGUUAUCCUAGGAGAAGAUUUACCAAUCCUAGACAGUUUGGUUCAAGAAAACUCGGUGGCUUCUUCCUGUGCUGUCACCACACGUUCCAUGAAAAAGGGUUUAGAACCUCUGCCAGAUGUAGAUGAUGAUCUGUAUGAAGUAGGAAACAAAAUCAGGAAAUCAAAACGACAGCGUAGACAGGAGAAAAAUAGGAACAAAAGCAGGUCAAAACACCCUGAACCUGCAUUGCCAUUAACUCCAUGUAUUGAUUUCCAGUGGAAAAUUCCUAAUAACUUUAAAGAGAGACAAGAAAAUGAUCCAUCUUUGAAACCUCUCUUUAAUAAAGCAUAUAAAGAUGGUGGAAAAGAGAGUGCUGCUGAGUUUAAAAGUUUAGCAGGAGAGCCUUUCAUUAUAAGGGAUAAACUUUUGUAUCUAGCAGACAUUGAUGAACCCAGACUUGUUGUGCCAAAAGAAUACCGUUCAGUAAUUCUGCAUUUGGGUCACACUAUACCGUGGUCAGGGCACUUAGGACAGGCAAAAACUUAUAAUCGUGUUGCCCAACGUUUUUAUUGGCCAGGAUUAUAUAAAGAUGUAGUUGAAUACUGCAAAACAUGUCAUGACUGUCAGCUGGUGGCCCCUACUAACGUUUCAGACCGUGCCCAGUUGCAGACAUUACCUAUAAUGAGUGUUCCUUACGAGAGAAUCGCCAUGGAUAUCAUAGGUCCUUUACCUAAGAGCACGGCCAUCUUGGAACCUACCAAAGAGGAGGCCCGCCUCAAACCCAGCUCUUUUAUAGAAAGGUCCAUGUUUGCCGGACUUUGA